AUGUGGGAGUUUAACAGAGAAGUACAUGUACUAUUUAUUGAUUUCAAGAAGGCGUAUGAUUGCAUACAUAGAGGAUCUCUGCUGAAUGUACUAAGACAGUUCAAAUUGCCCCAGAAAUUAAUUAAUUUGAUAAAAUCAAACAUCCUACACACGGAAAUUAAGAUUAAAGUUGGCAAUAUUUUAUCACAAGGGAUAUCAGUAUCGACUGGUUUGAGACAAGGGGAUGCUCUGUCACCCAUACUAUUUAAUAUUGCGUUAGAAAAGGUCAUCAGGGAGAGCCGUAUUGAAGAAAACGGAAUACGUUUAGGAGGUUGCAUAAUAGGAGUAUUGGCCUACGCAGACGACAUAGCUUUACUUGCGGAAAGUAAGGAAAAUCUCAAGGAGCAAGCGGGAAAACUUCUAGAUACGGCAAAAAGAAUAGGUUUAGAAAUAAAUGCUGAGAAAACGGAGUACCUAAUUAUGCAUAGAGGAGAGGUCGCGGAUCAUGUCCACCCUUUUUUAGAAGUUGGACAGUACAAGUUUCAGAGAGUGAAAGAAUUCAAAUAUCUGGGAUCAAUUUUGACAGAAAAAAACGAUGAACUUACUGAAAUAAAAGCAAGACUCCAAUCCGGUAAUAAAUGUUACUACGGACUAAUUAAUGUGUUAAAGACGAGAACGAUAUCGAAGAACCUCAAGAUACAACUGUAUCGCACCCUCAUCCGUCCAGUGGUAAUGUACGGUUGUGAAAUAUGGACGUUACGGAAAUCAGAUCAAAACAGACUACUGAUAUUUGAAAGAAAAAUAUUAAGAACAAUCUUCGGACCGUGUAUAGACGAUACCACAAGGGAAUGGAGAAUUCGAAAAAACGAGGAACUUAAACAGUUGUACCAAAUGCCCUAUAUAAUUAGAAAAAUAAAAAAAAGAAUACUCCAAUGGGCAGGACAUGCAUGGAGAAAAGAAGGAACUCUAAUACGAAUGGUUCAAUGUGGGACUCCCCAAGGAAAGAGACCCUUAGNUAAGUACUUACGUACUCAUAAAUAUAACAGUAUGUAUUUAUCAAUUGAUGUACUGUGAAGUAUGGACGUUACGGAAAUCAGAUCAAAACAGACUACUGAUAUUUGAAAGAAAAAUAUUAAGAACAAUCUUCGGACCGUGUAUAGACGAUACCACAAGGGAAUGGAGAAUUCGAAAAAACGAGGAACUUAAACAGUUGUACUAAAUGCCCGAUAUAAUUAGAGAAAUUAAAAAAAAGGAGACUCCAAUGGGCAGGACAUGCAUGGAGAAAAGAAGGAACUCUAAUACGAAUGGUUCAAUGUGGGACUCCCCAAGGAAAGAGACCCUUAAGAAGACCCCGACUAAGUUGGGAAGACCAAGUCAGGAAGGACGUACAAACAAUAAACUCAAGGGCCGAAUGGAAUAUCAUAGCGAUGGAUAGUGUGAAAUGGCAAGAUGUAUGUUUGAAUGUAUGA